UUGUCUUUUACGCCGCUUUCGAGCUAUUUUUACAUUUGGCAGUCUUAUUUGGCUCCAGCUUUAUUUAUCCUAUCUGUCAGUAGCCACUAGGAAAUCAAAUAAUUCGGACGUCGAAUAUACCCCCAAGACAAAUAAAAAAAAACUCUAAAAAAUAAUAUGCUGUAUAAAAAUUACAGCAUAAAAAUAUAUUUCAUAAAAUUGCCGUUAAAAAAACCGUUUAGCUAAAACAUUCCGUUGGUUGUGAUAUAUUUGUAUUUGUUGUUGUUUUUGUACGAAUUGUAUUUUGUUGUUUUGUAUAGGAGGUUUAUUUUUUUAUGAAGAAUGGUCAUGAUAAUGAAGUACUGCGGCGAUGGCGCGUCCCUGAGCGCCGCCGGCAGCAAGCGCUCCGCCGUCUCGGCUUCGGACGCCGAGUGCUUCUCGCUGUGCCUGGGCGCCGGGCCUCUGUGGUGGUCCGAUGUCCCAGCGAACGACUCGGCACCGCCCGGAGGGGUGAACAGCGGGGCUUCGAGCCCCGCUACCCCAUCCACCCCCACCCACGACGACAACAAUCGAGACUUGUUGAGCGCGCUACUAUGGGGCAGCGCGUCCUCGCUCAGCGGCAGCGCCGAGAGCCUCUGCUCCGAGCAUCCCGCGCUGCAGACGCAGCAUCAGCAAGCGGUGGUUAACAAGAUCCUGGAGCGUAAGGACCGCCAGCCCGUGAAGAUCGACUUCAAAAUCUUCCUCACCGAGAACACCGUCACCCGUUGGGAGGCUGUGGUGCAAGGCAACACCAUGUUUCUGCGUCUGCCCGGAGUGCUUCAAGCCGGCAGCAAGGAGAGCUUCAUGCUGCUGCUCGACUUCGCUGAAGAGCGCCUGCAUGUUGCUAACUGCAUAAUCUGCGUGCUGAAGUCCCGCGGCGACCGCGCCACACUCCUGCGCACCUUCAUGUUCAUGGGCUUCUCCCCCCUCCCCCCCACCGCGCCGCUGCUCCCCCCCGACGUCGCCAACCCCGACUACAUCUUCCUGCACUACAACAUGCAGUAAGCCCCGGUAUGAUUCUGCGUCCAGUCUGAAAAUAUCUAGUGUGAGUUGUUGAAUUUUAUUGUGAUUUCUAAAGGGUCAGAAAUGCCCUAGAUUUCAGGUUGCCGGCGUCUGUAGGCUGCGGUGACUGCUUUCCAUCAUGUUUGUUGGUCAGCGACAUAAAAAAUAUCACGGUAAAUCUUGUAAAUCACAUCUCUCACACGCCAACAUCAUUGGAAAUCUUGCAAAACACAUUACUCACACAAUAUCGAUAGUAUAUAUAUGUAAAAAAAAUCGUUAUUGCGACUAUAUAAAAGAGGCAUUUUACAGCUUCACUUUAAUGAAACCAUCAUUUAAAAAAAAAUUGUCCUCAAAAAAAGACUGCACGACAGAAUCAUACCUUAAUUAUAUUGAAGCAAUGCCAUACUUAAACAUGUGAGUUGUACAAACAGUAACACUCCUAACUGCACAUUGGUGGAACUUAUGCCUUUUGUAAUAAGGUCCAACGGUGUGCAGUUAACAGUGUGGUGAUACUGGUGAUGGUAUACAAAGACCAUCCAUAUAAAAGAACCAAAUUUACCGGUUAACUCGAAUUUUGCUCAAGUUUAAGAUGGCAUUGGUCAAGGCAACUCGAAUGUAUUCAGGUUUCGGCAGUAGUGCAAUUAGUAAUAGUUGGCCUUACAGUUGUGUUGCGAACUUAAUUAAUUUUACCCCGACAGAAUUAUAAACACAGUAUUUUUUAAUCAUUAAAAAUGUCUUACCGGUGCCAAAGAUACAUUGAGUAAGAUGCGUGAAAUCUAAGACAAUAUCGUGCUUUUAAAUUUGACAGCUAAACGAGAUGGCGCUGUAUAGCUCCAUACAUUAUGCGGUAACUCUGACCGUUAAUAGUUGACGUUUGACAAGUGACAAAACAUAAUAUGGCGCAGUACAGCGCCAUCUGUUUUAGAUGUCAAACUAAGGGGCGCGUUUUUUCUUAGACUUUACCUCUCUAUUAUCAAUUAUUUUUGCCGGUGCUCAAAAACAUCAAAACAUUUGACUGUCCGGUCAAAACUGGUGGCCGGUUUCAUUAAAAAAUAUAAUCUACAAUGCUGACAAGCUUUAGAGUCAAUUUUAAAAGUAUACCUUAAGUUAUAACAGUGUUGAUCUGUGGGGUAAAAAGUUACAGUUAUCUAGAAGGCAUUGAGGUAGUAUUUUCGAUCAGCACAUUUCAAACACUCUGUCACUGCUUGCUUAGAGUAAAAGCGACAACAAGUUUUUAGUAUUUAGAUAUUAAGUAUAUAUCGAUCUUACUCGAUUGCUUGGUUUUAAAGUAUUAUAAUAAAGUUUAGGGCAGAUAUUAACAUUGGUAAUCAAUUUCAUACGUUGUAGAGUUUUUGGGUUAUUUUUGAUAGUGUUUGGCCUAUUUUUUUAUUUAAUUUCGAUCUAAUUAAAAACAGUAUUGUAUUUGACAAGCAAACGAGUAAUAUUGUAUUUAAUUUCUACAAAUUCAGCUUUGGAUAUAUGCUAACUUAAAAUCAUUAUUAUAUGAAAUCUGAAGGAGUAGAAAUUUUAAUAAUUUCUUUAUUCAUUAUUAUUGUAAUAACAAGUAUGUAUGUCGUCGUGUAUUAUCAAUAUUCACCCUAUCCGGGAUAGUGCGAAAAAAACAAGAAAAAAUAAUUAAAAAAAAAACUAAAAAAUAAAUAAAAAUCCAAAAAAAUGUUUGUAAAAAUAUUUCGAACUCACGGGAUUUUUGUACACAAUUCUGUUGACACUAAACACGAGCAGUCCGAAAUAUUUUCUUUCUUUAUUAUAUAAAAUCACAUUUUUUUCCUACGCUGCGAACUAGCAAAAAUUAUUUUACUAAAAUUAACUUUUGCUAUUUAGUGGUUAAAUAAUAUAUAAAGUACUUAGCUGGUAAGUGGUUUUAUGUUAAUUCCUGUAUUUAGUAUUACGAUUAUUUCUCGCCUUUUUGAGCAUAAUUAUGUAUACAAAUACAAACCAACAAACAUAAUUUUGUAUGGGCAUACCAUGAGUAUCUCUUCAUCAUUUCUGUAUACGGGAUUAUGCUCUGGGGUAACGUAUAGAUUAUAAUUUGACAGCGUGUUCACAUUUUCAGUAUUUUUCACUAAAAGUAUUAUUCGAUCUUUGUUCUUUGUUAAAAGUGAAUAGGACACGCUGUAUGUAGAAUAAUGGUAACUUUAAAUGUAUUAUUAAUUGAUAAACGAUUAAAGUAAAUCUUAAUCAA